CUACCUUUCUGCUACCCAACAAUGUUGCAGAAACAUAUUUCAUCCGAAUCGAAGAUCAGAAAUGAAGUGUUGAAUCCAUCCGCUUCCGGACGCGAUGAUCAACAUUUGCAUUCGUUGGCGUACAGUUCACGCUAUGCUACCGCGGAUAUUCCCAAGUUCGAGCUCCCAGAAGGCUCAUGCGAGCCCGUUGUUGCAUAUCAACUUGUCCAUGAUGAACUGGAAUUGGAUGGACGUCCUACUAUGAACUGUGCUAGUUUUGUUCACACGUGGAUGGAACCCGAGGCAGACAAACUUAUCAUGGAAAACAUCUCCAAGAAUUUGUCUGACCAGGAUGAAUAUCCUGCAACCAUGCGAGUCCAAGGUCGCUGCAUCUCAAUUAUAGGCAACCUGUGGAACGCAAAGGAAGCGAUCGGCACAGCAACCGUAGGAUCCAGCGAAGCAGUCAUGUUGGGAGGAUUGGCUAUGAAAAAGAUGUGGCAAGGAAAACGUCGAGAACAAGGCAAGGAUACGUACCAUCCCAAUAUUGUUUUUGGCAACAAUGCUCAAGUCGCUCUCGAAAAGUUUGCACGUUACUGGGACGUUGAAGCACGCAUUAUUCCUGUUUCUGAAGAAAGCCAUCAUGUAUUGGAUGUCAACAAGGCUGUGGAAGCAUGUGAUGAAAAUACGAUUGGCAUGUUUGUCAUUUUGGGCUCCACAUAUACGGGCCAUUUCGAAGACGUCAAGCACCUAGCCAAAUUACUAGAUGAUUUGGAGGAAAAGAAGGGAUAUAAUAUUCCAAUACAUGUCGAUGCUGCCAGCGGUGGUUUUGUCGCUCCUUUUGCAUUUCCCAAACUUGAAUGGGACUUCCGCCUGCCAAGAGUCGUAUCUAUCAACACGUCGGGCCACAAGUUCGGCUUGAGUUAUGCCGGUAUUGGAUGGAUUCUUUGGCGCUCGGAACAGUACCUGCCCAAGGAACUCAUCUUCGAGCUGCAUUAUCUCGGUGGUACCGAAUACACUUACAACUUGAACUUUUCUCGACCAGCUUGCUUUAUGAUUUCGCAGUACUACAACUUUAUUCGUCUGGGCAUGGAAGGCUACACUCGUAUUGUCGUGAACGAUUUGACCAACGCCCGUCUGCUCUCUGAAGCGCUGGAAAAGUCGACGUACUUUGACAUGGUUUCGGAUAUGCACCGUGCCGACGGCGUCUUUGGAUGGAGAAGCCACACAACCAAACAAAACGCGAAGGAGAAAGCCAAAAAGACGGGCAAAAUAAACUACAACCCCUCCCUUCCUGUUGUUUCUUUUAAGCUUACUGACGAGUUUAAGAACAAGUACCCGCAUGUAAAGCAAGCUGCUAUUAGUACACUACUGCGUUCUCGAGGCUGGAUCAUUCCUAAUUACGCUCUCCCACCUGCCGAAGACACCAUCGAAAUUCUUCGAGUCGUUGUCCGUGAGUCCCUUUCGCGCGAUAUGAUUGAUCGGAUGAUUGAUGAUAUCAUAUCUUGCACAAAUGAACUCAAGAGCAUCGAAAACGAAGUCGACGACAGCGUGUACGGGCUUCUGGAACAACUUGGCAGUGCUCCAAAACUUAACAAGCGCGAAUCCGAGAAAGAAAAGGAGAACAAACGUAAAAUUAAGAAACCAAGAACAUAUGCUGCGACAUGUUAGAGAUAAUACUUUUAGUUAAAAGCGAAUAUCUGUGUAGAUUGGUUAUAUGGUUAUUAACGAAUAAAUGACGCUUCAGUUAAAUCAUGC